ACCUCAUCCCUAACAAAAUUUAUCAGAAAAACAAAAUCCAUCAUCUCCCUCCUCAAAACUCUCUCUCACUACCCUCUCCCAACCCCUAUUCUCCACCACCAUCUCUCCAAACCCCACCUCUCAUAUCAUAUCUCUGCAACAACACACAAACAAGUACAAAUGGAAGAGUCUGCAACAUUAAUUACAUCCAUCCAAACAUCCAUGAACACCUGGUUCACUCCCACUGUCCUCUUCAUCUUUCUCAACCUCAUGAUUGCCACCAUUCUCUUCACUUCUAACCUCCCAAACAAACAACAACCUCCAAAUGACAAACAUGUUCAAAACGACACCGUCCAAUCCAAACUCGCCAGAUCUCCAUCCAUUCUCCACCGUCUAAAAUCUUUCACUUUUUAUCCUCACAGAUCCCAAGAUGAACCAUCUUUGGUCCCUAACCACCAUGAACAACAACAACAAGAAGAUGCUUUGGAAAUAGCUGCUACACAAUAUGUGUUCAGUCACCCAUUCACUCAUGAACAAGAUCUACAACCCAUUUCUACAACACUAAAAAGAUUCGAUUUUGGCCCGACCCGGAUAGAGAAAGAAGCCCCACUGGUGAAUGAGGAAAGUUUCACUCAUCAAGAUUUACAACAUCUUUCUGCAAACUCAAAAAGAUUCAAUUUUGACCCGACCCGGUUCGAUUUCGACCCGAUCCAUAUUGAAAAGUGCACCCCACCGGUGGAUGAGGAGACUUUCACUGAUCAAGAUUCACAACCGGUUUCUGCAAACUUAAAAAGAUUCGAUUUUGACCCGACCCGGAUGGAAAAAGAAUCCCCACCGGAGUUUGAUGCGGAUUUUGUGGAGACCCAUGACGAAGAAACUGAUAAUUUUGACAGUUUGGAUGAGGUUUACAGCAAGAUUACCGGUGUGCAUGUUAACCGGACAAUGUCGGAUACUUUACCGGCGUCCGGUGAAGUUCCGGUGAAGUUACCGGCGAAGAUGAAGAAAUCAGCGAGUGUGAAGUCUGCAUUUGCACAUUUUGAGGAGGAUAAGAUUGUGGAGGCUCGCCGGCCGGCCACCGUGAGAGAGCGGAGGGCGGCGGAGGAUGAUGACGUGGAAGUUGAUGCUAAGGCUGAUGAUUUCAUUAACAAGUUUAAGCAUCAGUUGAAGUUGCAGAGGUUGGAUUCUAUUGUCAGGUAUAAGGAUAUGGUAAAUAGAGGGGGUGGAAAGUGAAUUAUGGUAAGUUAGAGGGUGGUUUUUGUUACAUUUUGGAAAAUGGGGGUUAUUGUAAUGUUUUGUUGAUGAUGAUUUGAGUUUAUGUUUUUUCCCUCUAUGUGAGAAUAACUGUGGGGGUAGAAAAGACAUUUGCUUUGUUGUUCUGCUAAUGAUAUAAAAGUUUUGCUAAUAUAUUUGUUUA